GGCGUGAUCCUGGUGGCACCUGUUGACAGCCCUCUUGCGGUAAAUGAAAGCUCGCUUCCCUCGCGAGAAGACGGCAGGCCGAGCUGCGCAGACAGAGGACAGGAUGAGAGACCUGCCCGGCGUCCCCGGCUCCCUGGACUCCGGCCUGGCAUGCUGUUUCUCCGUGGCAGCGUGCGCCGACACAGUGCCGGUACCCCCUCUUUCCUCCCAGGAUGUGAAACGGGCAGAGAAAUAAAGCACGUCCCUCCCCGUCUGCUAGAAUGUUUCUCAUGAACACCCCUCCUGUGGUUGCUCUCCAGGCAAAAUGGGAGGCCUUUGGCACGCCGGGCUUUAGGUUUCCCGGGUGCUUCUCAGAGCCGCACGAGGGCGUCUCACGGGCUUCAGUGAGGGCCCGGGUGCAGAUGGUCAUCGGCGCGCUGCAGGGCGACGAGGCUGCUCUGGGCAUGAGCGAUGAGCUUGCCCUGCAGAGAAGCCAGAGGGCAGAGAAAGGCCGGGACGCCAGGCUGGCCGCCAACCCCGCGUUUGCCGCCUGUGGGCUUGCCGCCGAUUUUGUCCCCUCCCAGGAGGAGGAUGCUGCAGACUUUGGGCCCCUGGUGCUGGAUUCGGACAGUGACGAUUCCGUGGACCGGGACAUCGAAGAGGCAAUCCAGGAGUACCUCAAGGCCAAGAGCGGGGCCGCCCAGCCGCCUGGGGCCACGGACGGGGGCCGGCGGUGCAGACCGGAGGUUCCUCGGAGCAGCGCCCCGACUGCCGUGUGUCCCCCGAAGCCUGCACCCAGCUCAGGAGGCGCCCCUGGCGGCCGCGUGCGAGCUGGCCAGGACCAGGGCUCUGCCUCCCCGGUGAGCGUCAGCAGUGACGACUCCUUCGAGCAGAGCAUCCAGGCUGAGAUAGAGCAGUUUCUGAACGAGAAGAGACAGCACGAGACCCCAAGGGGUGAUGUUUCCAUGGACGGAAAGCCAGACCCCGGCGAUAAUUCUGCCAGGUCGGCCUUUAGAUCUGGCAAAGAGCCAACGGUCAAGGCGCAUCAUCGACAGGAUGUGACCGGAGCCUGCAGAGAUUUUGUCUUCCGGAAACCCCCCAGGCUGUCGAAGGUAAGCACGCGGCCCCGAGGCCUCCGGUCUAAGGCUGCUGCGGAGCCAGAGCGCCCGGAUGGCGUGAAGCCAGCCGCCGCCGCUGCCUCCGCCAGCCAGCCUGCAGAAGCAGCCCAGAGUAAGGGUGCCGUCAGGAGGAACGCCGGCCCCGGGAGGAGGGCGAAGCAAGCCAAGAACGCAGCCCUGGUGCCCGAGGCGUCUGGCUCCAGCAGUGACGACGGCAUCGAGGAGGCCAUCCAGCUGUACCAGCUGGAGAAGAGGAAGGAGGCGAGCGGAGACCCACCACAGAGAACUCCCCCCGCGGAGGGGAAGGGGUCCGAGCCUCCCACCCGCAGCACGAGCCACUCCACUAAAGGUGCCUUGCCCGAAACCCCCCGGAGAACACCAAGCAGGAAGAAGCUGAUGGCCCCGAAGGCCACGGACCUCGACCCAGGUGGCCCUGACCCCGACCUCCCCUCCAAGCCACCUAGGGAACCCAGGGGCGCGGAAGAUGAGCAUGUGGAACGGCCACCAUGCCGGGCAGAAACAUCCGCCGAGCUGAUGUGCGCGGAAGCGAUCCUGGACAUUUCCAAGACGAUCUUGCCAGCGCCCGUCGGGGGCAGAGGGAGCCCGCCGCCUGCCAGCCCGCUCCCCUGCCCCCUGGCCCUGCCCGCCCGCUCCGACGGGGACAGCAGCUCCGUGGACAGCAACGACAGCAUCGAGCAGGAGAUCCGGACGUUCCUGGCUCUGAAGGCUCAGUCGGGGGGUUGGCUGGCCACAGCGGAGAGCCACCCGCAGUCUGCACGGAGCCCACCGCCAUCGCUGGGCCCCGGGGUCCCAGUGUCCAAAACGCUGGGCCUGUCGCUGAGCUGCAGAAGGAAACGCAGAGGAGGCAGCAACGCUGUGCGGCCGUCCACGCCCAAGAGAACAAGAGAGGUGGCGCAGGAGGGUGGCCAGGCUGCAGACCACGGCGCCGGGACCACGCAGCCCAGCCAGGCCCCAAGGAUGGAGGGCGAGACCAGGGGCCAGCCCCUCUCCUGCAGGCCGCUUGAGCUGGGCGACCAGCACGGUGGCCCAGACAUGAGGAGCGGCAUGUGGCCCGGCCACAGGAAGGAGGCCACGGAGAGGAGCACCGGUGGGAAGGGGAGCUCAGAGGACAAGAGCAGCUCGCUGGACAGUGACGAGGACCUGGACACGGCCAUCAAGGACCUGCUGCGGUCCAGGCGCAGGCUCAAGAGGAGGUGGAAGGACCCCAGGGUCACGUGCAAGAGGAAGGUCAGGUUCAGCACCACCGAGACCCAGUUCUUGGAUAAACUGGGUGGCUUCCAGAAAGACUGGAAAGACAGAAGCCCUCAUCUGUUGAAGAGUUGCUUCUCCAAGUCCAAAACAGACAGCAGGGGGAAGCUGGGAACAAAGCCUUUGAGCGUCUUCUGCAGAGAAGCGGAGAGGACGCAGGCAGAUGGCACGGGGGCCCUGGAGGCGACCCCGAUCUUCCAGCUAAGGAGAAAAGCCUCUGAGGGGAAUUCGUUCUGCGGAGAAACAGCAGCCUGUGAACUUCAAGGUGCAGCAGGCCGCAGCCCGGGGCCCCCGCCUGAUGACAGCAGUUCCGUGGACAGUGAUGACAGCAUCGAGCUGGAGAUUAGAAAGUUUUUGGCCGAAAAGGCCAAGGAGUCUGGGAGUGGUUCAGAAGCCCCAGGAGGGGCCCCCGCCGCCCCGGGGGCACGGAGCAUGCCCAGGCCUGAGCUGCCAUGCCGGAAGGUGCCUGCACCUGCCCUGGCCCUUCAGCCCGAUGUGUGCGCACGGAGCCAGCGGGGCAGGGGUGGCCCGCAGCCGGCCAGGGGCCCUGGGGCCGCAGGGAGGGCCUCCCUCCCGGGCAGGAGGAGCGGCCCCCACGCGGAGCAGGCCUGCCCCGCAGCGGCCCUGGCCAGGCGCGCCAGCACUGCCGGGGCCCUGUCUGCCAGAGGGUCUGCGGCCAAUCGGAGACUUGUUUGCACUCACAGAGAGCAGAGCCCGCGAGGGGCCGAGGGUGCCACAGACCAUGAUCCUGGCCCGCUGCCCACUCGUGUCGAAGCUGGCAUCCGGACAGAAGGCCCCGGUGCGGCCUUUGCCGUGACCACACGGGGCCGGAGCCCACGGACUCGGAAGCCGGGGACCGAUGGGCUAGGGGACCCCCAGCCCGGCUUCGCCCUCCCUUGGGCCGACUUCACCCACCAGAGUCGGCUGCAGAGUGCGUGGGCGCUGAGCCCAGAAGGCAGAGAGGCCGUGUGGAGAGGGGGCUUCGGGGGCCCAAGAGACCAGGGCCCCGAGGGCCAGGACCCCAAGAAAGGCCUGCCCUUCGCGGGCUUCUCCUCUCUGCUGUCCACCCAGUUAUUCCACUUUGGAAAGAGCGUGUCCUGGGGGGGCAAGCAGGCCGGCGUCUUCAGUCCACCCCUGGGUCUGCCGCUGCAGGGCCCGUCCUUCUCGGCCUUCAGAGAGACGCCAGCUGGCCACAGUCCCGUGUUUGGAAGCUCGUACCUGCUCCCCAAAAAGGAAGGCGGACGCUGGCCCAGCCGGAAGUCACCGGCAGCGUGCACCCUGCACACUAGGAGGAACUCGGGCUCGGGGGAUGACAUUUUGGACCUGAGGUAUAGGCGCAGGGCCCUCGGUGGAGGUGACGAGGCCCAGGACGCCACGGGCAGUGACUCGAGCGAGCUCAGCGACACGUCCGUGGAGGAGGGCGGCGGCCCGGUGGCCAAGGGCAAAGUCCUCCAGCCCUGAGGACACUUGCUGGCUCUGUCCUCGGUGGGGAGCGUGUGCGCACGCUGUUCGCAAGCCUGGAACAGACACCGGAAGCCCCUUAGCACAGCCCUGCACGUACGAACACCGAUGGGUGCGAUGGUGUUAUUUGCCAGACGUGUCCUGGAAGAUAGGAUUUUUGUAUCUUUUUUGUAAAUUAUUUAAAGCACUGUAAAAAAUAUUUUUGGAAAAUACUGCUGUUCUAUUUCAUAGGGCAUUCCUAACUGCAGCUCUCUCUGGUCUGCGUGCAAGUCUUAGAGUAGUGGACGCUCGGCUUCGCCGUCACAGCCAGGGCUCAGGUGACCCUGACGGGCAGUCUGGCUGCUGGGAGGGUCUGGCUGUGCCUGGGAAAGCAGCAGCGGACGCCCACCCGAGCAUCACGGAAACGGCCCCAGGGGCCUCUGUCAGGAAGCUCCCGGACACCACUUGUGACACGAAGGGCCCCGGUCCCGCGAAGCCAGGGCGAGUCCUCUGAACGCUGCAGUCGCAGCCUCCACGGGAGAACAUUUCAAAGCACAAAGGCCAGCGAGCAGGACUGGCCGUCCCCUGUUGCAUGUGGACAUGGCACGGAGGCCGCGCCCGAGACUGUUGUUUAACGUCCAGCCCCGUUCAAUUCCUGUGUGGUUCUGACAGCCCAAUAAUAAAGCUCUUUUUGUACAA